CUUCUUCCUCGGUUCACGGGAUCCAUCUGGUCAAAGCCAUAAGUAAACACCUUCAAUCUAGCAAACUCCGCCGCCGUUUCCAUGGCAUCCCGCCACCACCACGCCUGCUCACAACGCCAUAACCACUACAAUCAAAUCCCUCUAGUCCCCACGUCUCCACGCUGCUGUACAUACAGAGAUUCUCCUCCCUGCUGCACUCACUCCAACCUUUCACCGCCGCCAGAUAAUCUCCAUCACCCCCUCGCUUCUUACCUCCAAACCCAUCAACAAGAAACACACUUUCCUAACCAAACCUGCUCCUGCAACCAAAACAACGUUCCACGACAACAACACGACCAAGUCAUCCUGUCCUGUCUCCUCCGCAAAAUCGAUGCUCUCGAGUCAUCUCUCAACAAGUUCGCACCUUUCCACGACCAACGCCGCGACCGAUACUCCACACUGAGAGACUCCGCCGCGCGUGUCAUCCAAACCCAUUUCCGCUCUUACCUUGUUCAGAGAUCCAUCUCCUUUAGACAUCUCAAGGAGCUUGCAGUGAUCAAAUCCAGCUUCUUGUCUCUCAAGUCUUCGGUUUCGGGCAAACCCAUUUUCCCUUACAAGGUUGUUUCUCGGAAAGCUACAGACUUGCUCCUUCAACUUGAUUCGAUUCAGGGUAGGGUUGAUCCAAUGAUACGGAGUAGUAAGAGAUCUUUGAGCAGAGAUUUGGUGAGGUUUUUGCAGUACGUUGAUGAUUGUGUUGUUAAAAGGUAUUCUGCUGCUAGUGUGAGCUUUGUGGGUAGCCACAGCAAACGGCCUCAGGGUUUUGGUGUAGUUGAAGAGAGAAGAGUGGAGAAGUUGAGAAACCAAAUGGGGAAAGUCUUUGUUACUUGUGAUGAGGGUGAAGAGUUGGACUCCACUUCUGAUGAUAGUGAAGAAGUCUCUAUUGAUAAGAGAAAGAGUGGUAGCUCUAAGUUUAGAACUGGGGCCAAUGUAGUGAAGCCUCCGGUUAGGAAGACCAUGGUACUUGACAAGAACAGGAAUGUGUAUCAGGAUGAGUCAGUUGAUAGUAGCGAGGAAGAAACCCUUGUGGUAACCAGGGAUAAUGAAAGGAAGCAGCAUGGUUUGAAAACUAGGAAGAUGGUUGUGGUGAAGGGAGGUGGAGGGAAGAGCCGGGUGGUGAAAACUGUGAGGUUUGAUGAGGAUGGGAAUGUGUAUAAGGUUUAUGGAGAUACGCCGGAGUCAAGUAUUACCGAGGAGGGAGAUGACUCAACAAGCGGAUCAAACGAUGGUAAUGGAGACAAGAAAGGGAAUGAGAAUGAAGUCGAGGAGAUCAAGUAUGUUCCCAAGGAAAACGAGGGCUUUGAAGAAGAAGAAGACGAAACUCAUUCUGAAAAUGAAGUCUCUUCUUCAGAAGCCAGUGAAAGUAAUGAACACAAGCAGAGGCAGAUCCAGGUUCAAAAAGGAAACUUAAUGGUCUCUCCUCCAUUGCCACUAAAAAUGGAACCUUAACCAGUGAAUCAUGAAAGAUCCAAGUCCUCUUCUUCUUUGGUUAUGCAUGGCUUUUAGUCUCUUCCCUGAACCCAAAUAAGGUUAACUUUCUUUGUUGUAGAACUGUAACAUAAGCAGAUGGUUCAAGAUUAGGUUCUGGGAAGAUCUGUGAGAGUUUUUUAUUCUUGGUUUGCUGAUUCUGUCUUUUUAUUUAUUCUCCACGAAACUUUUGAGUUGAGCAUUUUCUUCAUAGAUAUUCUUUUGAGUGUUGGUUUCCUUAGUUGCAUGUGGAGAUCAACUCAAUAAGAAGUUCUGUUUCUUGCAUUGUU